AUGGCCCAAGAUAUGCCCCCUCGGGGCGGGUACGAGCCCGUCCAGUACAAGCGAAACCUCCCCGCCAAGGGCUUCCGACCUGGAAUUCUCCUGCUUGGCAUGGGCGCCGUCAUGGGCUAUGGCUGGUACAAGCUGGUUGGCGGUAUUCGAGAGGCCAAUGAGCUUGCUCGGGAAAAGAUGUGGGCGCGAAUCCACCUGAUUCCCCUCCUGCAGGCCGAAGAGGAUCGUGACCAGGUGCGACGAUACUGGGCCGACCAGAAGCGCGAGAAGGAGCUGUUGGGCGAGAACACAAAGGUCUACAACAGCGACAGAUUCGUGCGACCAACAUUUGCCGUAUCCCCAGCUCCUUCGAAAUAA